AAUAGAGGGAGACUGAAAAACAGCUCUAUCUUCCUACUACAUUGCGACAAUGUUGAAGAUUUUGGCCGCAAGUUUUCUUUGCUUUGUGGUUCUUUCMCAGGCGUGGCCCGUUCCGCGUUCUGUUAGUCUUUCUGGUGCAGAUGCCCUGAAGAAAACUAUACGGCACAGUGGAAGUAUCAAAAUCAAGAAGUUAGGAUUCCGUUGGACUUAUCCUGAUGAACAGAAAAUCGAGUGCAUCGAUGGAACGAAAACCUUGAAAGCCCUAUGCCGUUCCACCAGUGUCGUAAACGGGCCUCCUAGUUACCAAGACAAAAAGUAUACUUCAGAAGUUCCUGGAAAAUAUUGUCAUGGGAGUCGCCCACAGAGCAAAACUGUUAAUUGUUAAUUAAGGAAUAACGAGGCUCGACUUUGGCCCCGUGUAAAUACGGAAAUGCUUUGAAAACUCAUAACAUAAUGUCGUCCUCUAUGUUUAACACACUAUUUUGCCUUUUCAAUGCGAGAAGCUUUACAAUUAAAAUAGUCGACAGGCUGAUAACUUAAUUAUCCUGUUAGAAUAUUGUUAGAAAUAAAAUUUUACU